ACGAGAUUGCGGCGAUGAAACGUGAGAGAAAAGUCAUAAGAACAAUAUUCACAAGAUCUGUAAGUUCCUUUGAAACUAAAUUCGAUAGCCCGGAAUUUUCUGUCGACAUUAAAAUACAGUACAAAAAACUAGAUGAACUGCAAGCUCAAUUAACUACAUUAGAUAAAGAAAUAAGGAGUUUAUUAAGAAGCAGUGAUGAUGAAGACGUACUAAGUAAAGAAAUCGACAGCGCCUUAGAAUACAGAGAGAAGUGGCUACGAAUAGAUACUUUGUACAAAAAUAUGUUAGCUUCGAGGGAAGGAAACGUAAGUAAGAAAAGUAUUUUACUCCCCAAGCUGGAAUUUAUACACUUUGACGGUAAUUUGAAGAACUGGCUGAAUUACUGGGGCCAGUUCUCUAAAAUUGAUAGAGAUCCCAAUAUCGACACUACUGAUAAGUACCAGUAUUUAUUACAAUCCAUGACCCCCAAUACUGAGGUAAGACGAUUAGUGGAGGGAUUCAUUCCAUCGUCCUAUAAGGAAUGUUUGGAACAGUUGAAGUCCAGAUUUGCCAGGGAAGAAUUACUGAUACAAGUUUACGUCAGAGAAUUAUUGGCAAUGGUAAAUCCACGCACCCAACUUGAAAUUACUCCAUUAUACGAUAAGUUGAGUGCACAAUUACGAGCGUUAGAUACUUUGGGAGUUACUAAAGACAAAUUUGCUGCCUUUCUGCUUCCCAUGAUUGAGAGUGCUUUACCACAGGAAAUUUUACAGUUAUGGGAAAGAGCAAAAGGUACAACAGAUGUUACAACUGAAUUAACUGGAUUGUUAGAUUUUUUGAAGAGAGAAGUAGAAACACAACAAAGAGUUAGUAUGGCUAAGUCUAUUGAAGAGAAAGGAGGAAGAGUGAAAGAACACCUUAUGAUGGAGCCUACAGCCAGCUGUCUCUUGACGAAGUCAAAACCAGUUUCUAUAUCAAAACCUUCUUGUAUAUGGUGUGAGAAAGGAAACCACGAAACAUUAGAGUGUUACAAACUACAACGGAUGUCUAUUGAUGAUCGACGUGAGUAUCUUAAAAAACAAAAGAUGUGUACAAUUUGUCUUAAAAAAGGACAUCACGCUAAGGUAUGCAAAACAUUUAUUAAAUGUAUUGUGUGUGGGCGACGUCAUGCUGUUAUUUUAUGCAAUGGAAAGAAAGAGGAGCCCAAUGAUAGUACAGUAAUGAGUACCGCAGCUAAUUUGUCGGCGGUACCGAGACACGGUCAAGGGACGACAUUGCUACAGACAGUGACAGUGAUUGUUAGCAACGGGAAACAACAUGAAAUGGUCUGAUUCUUACAGGUCAUCUGGUGAGAUUAUAUGAUUCGUUAGUGGCAAUACACACUAAACUUGGG